CGCGGCUUAACAAAAAGUUAUAGUUAAUUAAUACUGAGAAACGCUAAGGAAAGAGCCAACAAAUUCUGGUGCGCGGGACGAAUUAUUAUUUUUUUCUUAAUAAGUUGUGAUUUUCUGGAAACGCAGAACGUGCAUCAUAUUAUCGGCUGUUACAACAAGGUACACACACAUGAAAGAAAAUUAACGCAAACAAUAGAGUGUUCCUUUUAAGUAUUGAGGACCAAUUGGAAAAAUGAAUAGAAUGGCCUUUAUAUAGAGAGGCAAUUCGGGCAUUGAUUUCACUCGACAUCAGUUACACUCUUCGGGAAAUUCUUCAAGAACCAGACUCCCCUAUUUUGCUAGGAUGAGGACUACUUUUGCUUUUCUCUGCAUAGCCGUAGCAGUUUUCUUUCAAUUUACUGAAUCAAGUAGCGACAGACGACCUCCUAGACCUAGCAACGUACUUUCUCGUCCUUCUCCUCCUCCUCGAUUUGACCCAAGUCAUGUAGAGCACAUCCAGAUUCCUGAUGGAAUUGAAAUUAGAUUUAAUAAUCGAAUCAUUGGAAAAAGGAAUGGGCGUUUUAUUCUUCCAUAUUGUAUUCACUGGAACAUUAUUGCACUGAAGGAGCCCACUCACGAUGAAGUAAGUUUUAAGGUUGAGCACCUUGACGAUGAAGCGUGGCUAAUUGUAAUCGGUCAGUGGGCUCGUAAAGAACAAUUGCGCUGGGUUACUGACAGUGCUGCUGAGACGAUAGUUAUUCUACAUAGGAAACGAAUUCAUCAAACACGAAUGGAAAAGGGAAUCCCCGACAACUUCGAAGAUGAAGAACCUAAUCAUUAUCAAGACUUCGCCAUAAUUGAAACAUUCGACCUUCCUGGGCGCCGCUUUUCUCACAUCACUGUACAAUCCGAUCAAUCUCAAGUGGGUAGGUCUAUUUCUAAUCGGUUCCCUGUUAAUUUGUUUCACAAUUUAAGAAGUGGUGGCUCUCAGAGCAACCGAUACUAAAACAAGUGAACAUUGGUACACAUUUCUUAAUGAUAGAGAAAGCUUAAUUUACUUUAAUACGAAAUAUGGCGCUGGCGUCGUAAUUCUCGCUAUUUUUGAAAUCAAAAUCAGCCACUAGGACGCAAAAUACUACUAAAUAAAAUUCAAUUUAUUUUAGAUAGUAUGGAUGUUUACUUUAUCUUUAGUCUUUUCAGCACAUACGCACGGAAGAAAAAUUUUUUGAGGGGAACGAGUGCAUCUAGAAUAUAAUAUUUUCUAUUUUAUAGGAGAACCGAUUGUAUAAAAUAACUAGAUGUUUGAAUUAAACUAACCAAGCGUUUCGCCUAAUCGAA